AUGGCUUCCAAUGAUAACUCUCCGAUGUCCUCGCCGGAAUACACCUCCGACGACGCCAUGACAGACGACUUAAGCGAAUUCUCUUAUGAUUACGAACCUCGUAAAAGCUUCACAGAGAACAAUGCCGCCACCUACGCAUCAUCUGGAAACCCCUGCCUCGACUUCUUCUUCCACGUCGUACCGGACACUCGUCCGAAAUCUCUGAUCAGUCGGCUACAGGUUGCAUGGAAUCACGAUCCACUCACUACGCUAAAACUCGUAUGUAAUCUCAGAGGCGUACGCGGUACUGGAAAAUCGGACAAAGAGGGCUUCUACACGGCGGCGCUGUGGCUCCAUAAGCACCACCCGAAGACGUUAGCGUCGAAUAUUCCACUUCUGGUUGAGUUUGGAUAUUUCAAGGACUUGUUGGAGAUCCUCUAUAGGUUGAUUCAAGGUUCCGAUGUGCGUAAAAUUGCAAAAGAAGAAUGGACAUUGAAGAAAUUGGUGAAAGGAAAAGGUGGAGUUCGGAAGCAAUACUUCCUCUCGAAGAAGAAGAUGAAUAGAAAGCAGAAAAAGAACAAGGCCGAGAUGGAGAUGAAAGCGAAAUUAAGGGCAAAAGUCCCUCGAGAGCAAAGGAUCGAGGCAAAUAGGGCACAUAUGAAGGCGGAGCAAGAGAGAGCAAAAGCGUCUAGGAAGGAAAAGAUAUCCGCCAUGGCCGAAAAAUUACAGGAUAGAUACAAUUCAGAUGAAGAUUAUAAGAACUUACACGAUCAGGUAUCAAGCUUCUUCGCUAAUCGUUUAAAAUCUGAUAUUCAAUCGUUGAAUUCCGGUGACCCUACCAAAAUCAGUCUAGCUGCAAAAUGGUGCCCUAGCGUUGAUUCCUCUUAUGAUAAUGCCACACUGAUUUGUGAAUCAAUUGCUAGAAUGAUUUACCCUAGAAAUUCCAAUCCAGAAUUCGAUGGUCUUGAUGACACUAAUUACGUGUUCAAAAUCAAAAAUCGAUUGAGGAAACAAGUACUCGUUCCUCUUCGCAGCGCCUUACAUUUACCCGAAGUUUACAUGAGCGCAAAGCAAUGGAGCUCCAUUACCUACGAAAGAGUAGCUUCCAUAGCCAUGAAAAACUACACCGACAUAUUCUUACACCGAGACAACGCCCGCUUCCAUGAGUAUCUACAAAACGUCACCACCGGUGAUGCAAAGAUCGCCGCCGGAGCUUUACUCCCCCACGAAAUCAUCGCAUCUUUAGAUCGAGGCAGCGGAGCAGCCAUAGUAGCCGAGCUUCAGUGGAAACGAAUGGUUGACGAUUUAUUACAAAAAGGUAAACUCACAAACUGUAUAGCAGUCUGUGACGUCUCCGGCAGCAUGUCAGGUACACCAAUGGAGGUCGCGGUGGCUCUCGGGUUACUAGUCUCUGAACUUUCCGCAGAUCCAUGGAAGGGCCACGUCAUCACAUUCAGCGAAUCGCCGGAGCUCCACCAGAUCAAAGGUGACAACCUCCGGUCAAAAACAGAGUUCAUCCGAAAAAUGGAAGCCGGAUUCAACACCAAUUUCCAGAAAGUUUUUGACAGAUUGUUGGAAGUGGCUGUGAAGGAGAAGUUAGGUGAAGAUGAAAUGGUGGAAAGAGUGUUUGUUUUUAGUGAUAUGGAGUUCGAUCAAGCGUCUGAGACUUCUAGGUAUUCAGCUAGGUAUCAUCGAUGGGAGACUGAUUCUGAUUCUGAGGUCGAUGAGGCACCUGUGGAUCCAUGGGAGACGGAUUAUGAAGCGAUCGAGAGGAAGUUUAAGAGUUGUGGAUAUGCGAAGGUGCCGGAGAUUGUGUUUUGGAAUCUUAGAAAUUCCAAGAGUACUCCGGUGACUGUUGACCGGAAAGGGGUGGCGCUGCUGAGUGGGUUUUCAAAGAAUUUGUUGACUUUGUUUCUUGAAGAAGGUGGAGUGAUUAAACCGGAGGAUGUUGGAGAUAAGAAUGUGAAAGGUAGUUUGACACCUGUGGAAAGGAUGGAGGCUGCGAUUUCUGGUGAAUUGUAUCAGAAAUUCGUUGUGUGUGAUUGA